AUGUCAGAUAAGAAAAAUGGAACAAUGAUGGGCAUAGUCCACACAAAGCGCCUUUCACCUAAACCUUGUCUUGCAUUAAUGAGAAAUGGGCAUUGGACAGCUAACAAACAGACGCACUUAUGUAGCCAGUCCUAUAGCGUGUCAGACUAGACAGACAUAUCCCGCCCUCUCGCUCUGGUCCUCUCACAGCAUGAGCGUCUCUCCGCGGCCAUGGUAACAUCGCUGUAGGCAGACUGGACUGCGGCACGAACAGAAACAGAAGGCUAUCGUGAUCAGGAUCACUGUGCAGUAUGAAUUUGACAGAGAUUUGCGACAAUGCCAAGAAAGGCAGGGAGUAUGCUCUCCUGGGGAAUUAUGACUCCUCUAUGGUGUACUACCAGGGUGUGAUCCAUCAGAUACAUAAACACUGCCAGUCCCUGCGAGAUCCAGCCCUCAAGGUCAAAUGGCAGCAGGUACGGCAGGAGAUAGUGGAAGAAUAUGAGCAAGUGAAGAGAAUAGUGAACACUUUGGAGAGCUUCAAGAUCGACAGGCCUGUGGAUUUCCCUAACCCACAACCAGAGGAAUCCCCACGUGACCCUGAUAUCUGGCCUCCCCCGACUCCUGCAGAACACAGAGGUCCAAGCCAGGUGAAGCGUCCCAACAGAGAAAUGAAACCCCAGAAAAGAGAUUCCCCUGUAGUUCAGCACCGGGGGCCUGUGGGCCGGGCACAGCCUUUAGCCAGGGGAGAGAAACCCAGCAGCAGAGAGAACAAGGACUACAAGACUAAAGCAAAAGAUGACAAGGGAAAGAAGAAUCCCCAGGAUGGAGAGGGGGAUCUCAGGAAGUUCGAUGGAACGGGAUAUGACAAAGACUUAGUGGACGCACUUGAAAGGGACAUUGUGUCCCGAAACCCCAAUGUCCAUUGGGAUGAUAUCGCUGAUCUAGAGGAUGCCAAGAAGCUGCUGAGAGAGGCAGUGGUACUGCCCAUGUGGAUGCCAGAUUUCUUCAAGGGCAUUCGAAGGCCUUGGAAGGGGGUGCUGAUGGUUGGCCCACCAGGUACUGGGAAGACAAUGUUGGCCAAGGCUGUAGCCACGGAGUGUGGAACGACAUUUUUCAACGUGUCGUCUUCAACAUUGACAUCCAAAUACAGAGGGGAGUCUGAGAAGCUGGUCCGUCUCCUCUUUGAAAUGGCUAGAUUUUACGCGCCAACAACAAUCUUCAUUGAUGAGAUAGACUCCAUUUGCAGUCGAAGGGGUACAUCUGAUGAACAUGAAGCCAGCCGAAGAGUGAAAUCUGAGCUCCUUGUGCAGAUGGAUGGGGUUGGAGGUGCAUUAGAAAAUGAUGAUCCUUCAAAAAUGGUGAUGGUGUUAGCUGCUACCAACUUCCCCUGGGAUAUCGAUGAAGCAUUGAGAAGAAGAUUGGAGAAAAGAAUUUACAUUCCACUGCCUACAGCUAUAGGCAGAGCAGAGCUGCUCAAGAUAAAUUUACGAGAAGUUGAAGUGGCCCCUGAUGUUGACCUUAAUCUCAUUGCUGAAAAGAUCCAGGGAUAUUCGGGAGCUGACAUAACUAAUGUGUGUCGCGAUGCUUCGAUGAUGGCAAUGAGGCGGCGUAUCCAGGGUCUCAGUCCGGAAGAGAUCCGCGCCCUGUCCAAGGAGGAGCUGCAGAUGCCGGUGACGAUGGAGGACUUUGAGCUGACACUGAAGAAAAUCUCCAAGUCUGUUUCGGCUGCAGACCUGGAGAAGUACGAGUCCUGGAUAAAGGAGUUUGGCUCUGUGUAGCUGAGCUGUGGUACUGAAGCUCUUUUAUCUCCCAAUCAAGGGACCACAAGGAGGGUAUACGGAGCAUGGCCUCCCCUUGUUACAGUCCCCUCUAACUGGAAUGUGUUGUUUGUUAUUUAUUGUUUACCUGAAAGGAAGGCCUUUUUGCUAGCUCUUAGAGACUAACUUCUUUUUAAAAAGCACCUUUUGUUUUAGGAGCUACAUAAAAUAAAUUAAAUCUUAUACAUGAGUGUUAGUCAUUAAGCAAUGUGAAUUUUGGAAUUAUCCACUAAAUGCGUUCAACGUUAGACAAAGGUAAAGAACUACAUUUUAAAACAUUGUUCACCUUGCACAUCUACACACGUUCGUCUUUGUACAGUAUGUCCUUAUGAUGAAAUGAUAUUUGUUGGUCCCUGAGCCAUUCCUACUCCAGCAGGUGGCCCACAUUGUCAUCAUUGAAGAUCAAUUUAAGAUCUUUCUUCACCCUGCCAAACAGAUGAAAAUUCAACUGUGUGAGAUCUGGACUCUUAGGGUGUUAGGAUAACAGUUCAAACAGUUGAGGUCAAUCAUCUCAAUGCAGUGUUCUGUAUCCCCCACCAUGUGUGGGCAAACAUUGUCAUCUUGCAGAAUGACAGUACUAAUAAUCGUCACUGGUUUCAGACACAUUUAGUAAAAAAGUAUGUGUGCUUUUGUAUAUUUAUUUAUUUUGCUUGUAAAGACCUUUCUUUAAAAAUGCCUGUGUUUAAACCUCUGCUACUGAACAUUUAUGACAGAGAUAUUGAAAAUGGUUUUGGAUAGCAAUCAGUUUAUGGAGUCCUAAGUCCUUCUUGUGCUGUUGUUUUUUUUUUACUAACAAAUAUCACAAGGGUUUUAAAGCCUGUCUUUCACAUGUCUUUUAAAAAAAGAGAUUAUGUGAAUUUCAUCAGUGAAAUUACUACUGACCAACUUUUACCUAUUCUUUAUUACUAACAAUACUUUCUUAGUUAACAGUUAAAAUAUUUGCAAACUAAGUCUUCUUCCUCUUUCCCCUCCUUUCACCAGCACUGUCAUUUUUGCAGAUCUAAAAGAAAUCAACAGAACAUUACAUUCAUUUGUUAAAUCCUCAUUAGCAGCACACUUUGAAAAAAUGAAUUCCAACCCAAUUCUUUUUCCUUUGAAAGACAUACUACUUAUUACAAUGAACAGAAAAAAAAACUGUUCCUCUUCUCUUUACUGGAGUAAUUGAUGUAUGCUCCACUUUAAGGGAAGUGGAACACAUACAGAAUUGGUAAGAUUGUCAUGGGCCAGAAACUAUUAGUUUGAUUUACAUUUUCUGUUGUAACACAACACUCUAAUGUGCUGUCAAAAGCAUUUCCUUGUGAAUGGUCUAUGAACUAAUUGAAACAAUUUGUAAAAUGUCACUGCUCAGUGUAAACUAAGGAAAUCAAUGUCUCUAGAUUCAAAGGAGAGACUGCUAAGGAUGUGAGCUGGAUGGUUAAGGGUGUUAGUGUAAGUGAGCCUUUUAGAUAAACAUUAAUGCAGGGAAAUAUGCUGCAGCAGGAAGAGAACAUUCUAGCUGAAAUUAAAGCUUUUUAUAAGAAAUGAUAAAAGAGAGUGGCUUGUGGACAGAUGCUGUUUGUUAUAAUGAAGUUAGGAAAGGGCUUUAAGUGUCUUUGCUUGCAAAUAGCUUUUAGUAUAUUCAAACAUUAGACAGUACCAAUGAUUAUUGGGGAAUUAAACUCUUUCAUUCUAAACUGCCAAGCUUAUGCUUCUUCAAGAUGAACAUACUGAUGGUUGACCCAUUAAGAUGAGCUUAAUAGCUAAUUGCUAUUAAGCUCAUUUUUGUUUUCACUUACACUCCACAAAAAGGAAAAUGGUACUGAGAGGGUUUGUAUGGUUAAUGAUGGAGUCAUCAAGCUAAACUAAGCUUGAUUGUUUUUUUUUUUUGCAAACUGUAACAAAUGCCAACACGAUAAUGGUAAUUUUGUUGCUGAGUUUUUUUUUUGCAAGAAAUCAAACGUAGUGAGGACAUCAUGACAUCUAUGCUUCUUUCAAAGACAAUAUCAAUUGUUUCGCAUAGUUGCUGUUUUGGUGAACAGUAUGGUUAUGGUAAAGAAACAGCAUUGAGUAAGAAGAGUGUUGUAAGAAAUUCUAGAAAAAACUGCUCACCAGGAUGGGCUUUUCAGUUUAUGGUAUUGAAUUCUUCUUCAGUAAACUCCUGCACCCAUUAGUUGUAAUGCAGUUAUUUUGCCAUGCAUUACAAUGUCUGUGAUCACAGAAGGUGUUAUCACUUUCAUCCGCUUUGUAUUAUUAGUAAUGAUUAGUAUUAUUCAUUUUCUUUUUCAACUCCCUUCCCAACACCAUCCAGCACAAUUUUUAGAAAACCAAAGGGUACUCAUUGCCAGAAAUGUUUUAGCAGCAGCAAAUAGCUCCACUACUGUAUAUACAGUAUUUAGAAAUGUGUCUAUAUGUAUUAGUGCUUUGCUUGCUUGAAGUGCUUGCUGAGAGCUUUAUUUAAUUAUUUUAUUUAAUUAACCACAGUUUAAUUAAAAAGAAGGAAUGAA